AGAUGGGGCUUGAAAAUAUAGUACUUAACAUCAUUUUGAGAAGAAACAAAGACACUUCUAUUUUAAUUCAAUUUUCACGAAUCUCUUACCCUCUUCAUUUAGGACAAUUAUUAUCUACAGGGACUGUCAAAGGAAAGGCCUCUUUCUGCACUGGAUUCAGAGAUCAACGCUCCGUACCAAUUAUUGGCGCGCCAAUUCUCCCGGUUCCCUCCGUCUUCGAGCUCCAUCGCUGCGUUCUUCCUUCGCCGUUUUCUCAUCUUCCUGCUCUCUUCAGAUAUAUGGAGUCUGCAGGAGGUCUCAGUUUGUAUCCGUUGCACCGUUGUAAGACUAUUCAUCUGGUGAGACAUGCCCAGGCAGUUCAUAAUGUUGCGAUGGAAAAGGAUCGCAGUUUACUUCAGUCUUAUGAUUACUUUGAUGCUCGACUUUCCGAUUUAGGAUGGCAACAGGUUGACAAUCUGGGCAAGCAUGUGCGAUCAUGUGGAAUUUCUAAGACAAUUGAGUUAGUCAUCGUCUCCCCCUUAUUAAGGACUAUGCAAACAGCAGUUGGAGCCUUUGGUGGAGAUGAGUACAAAGAUGGUACGAAUGUUCCUCCAUUAAUGGUUGCAAAUGCAGGGGGCAGCAACCAUCCUGCAAUAUCAAGUCUAAACUGCCCGCCAUUUUUAGCAGUAGAGCUUUGUAGGGAACGUUUGGGUGUUAAUCCAUGUGAUAAGAGGAGUAGCAUCAGCGAAUAUCGGUCGCUUUUUCCUGCAAUUGACUUUUCAGUGAUUGAACAUGAUGAUGAUAUCCUAUGGACACCAGACACCAGGGAGUCGAAUGACCAGAUUGUAGAGAGGGGACUGAAGUUUCUGGAUUGGCUGUGGACUCGGAAGGAGACAGAGAUUGCAAUUGUCACCCACAGUGCAUUCUUAUUUGAGCUCCUGAAAUGUUUUGGAAAUGACUGCCAUCCAUCUAUUAAGAGCGAAAUCAGCAAAUUUUUUACAAACUGUGAGCUUCGAUCCAUGGUUAUUGUUGACAAGAGUAUGAAGGGAUCAGAUCCCUCGAGGACUAAUUACCCUGGCAAGAUUCCUCAAGGUCUUGAUCUUCCCAGUGACGCUGCCACUGAGAAGCAUCCAAGAAAGGAGCUACAGGUAACGCUGUAGCUUGAAAUAGAUACGCCGUUCAUUUUCUCUUCAUGGGAACACCAAUUCAAUCCUGUCAGCAAGGUUCUUAGUUCAUUCCAUUUUUGGGGGCUUUUUUUACUCCAAUGAAAGUCUUCAAAAUUCAGUUAGGCAUGAAUUAGGUCAGUUCAAGCCUGCAAUAUGGCAAUGGUGGAGCUGUCUCCUCAGAUCCAAGGUACAUGUUUCUGCCAUAUUUCAGUAGUUGUGGGUAUCUAUCUGUACUCUUAAUUUGAUUUACAGUUAAUAAAAUUUACGCCUUCCAUGUGCAAAA